AUGCCACCCCGGAAGAGAGCUGUGGCUCCGGCCAGCGCGCGAGCUGUGCAAUCAGAGACUACGGGUUCUACCAAGUCGACAACAGAGACCGCACGACGAAAACGUGCUGCCCAAGCCAAGGAGGCAAAAGAAGCAACGACUUCAGAACAUCCAACGCAAGGCGAAAAGGACAAUGUUGCCGACGCGGAGACGGAGCCAGUGCCCGAGCCGAAAUACCCAUACCGCCACCGCGAUCCCUUUGACGCGCUCCUAGAACCGUUCUACUACAAUAAGUCUCUGACCGAUCCUAUCAGCACUGCCAAGGAUAAAUGGAACUUGUUGCCUGCCUUCUUGAAGGUCAAGGGCUUGGUGAAACAGCACAUUGAUUCAUACAACUACCUCGUUGAAGUGCAGCUAAAGAAAAUCGUCGAGUCGAGCAACACGAUUCGUAGCGACGUCGACCAUAACUUCUACAUAAAGUUUACUGAUAUCUACCUUGGUUUCCCUCGCCGAGCAGACGAGCCUCAGGAUGUCCGUACCGAAUUUGAGGAAUCAACCGUGACACCGCACGAGUGCCGACUGCGCGAUACGACGUAUGCCGCACCGAUUCAGGUGGACUUUGAAUACAUCCGUGGCCGUCAAAGGGUUAGGAGGAAAGGUGUAUCUAUUGGUAGGAUGCCGGUCAUGCUGCGCAGUUCAAAAUGUGUGCUGGGCAACAAGACUCCGGCGCAGAUGACGGUGCUCAAUGAGUGCCCGCUUGAUCCUGGUGGUUAUUUCAUCGUCAAUGGAACGGAGAAGGUGAUUCUCGUUCAGGAACAGUUGAGCAAGAACAGAAUCAUCGUCGAGACGGAUCCGAAAAAGGAGAUAGUUCAGGCAUCGGUCACAAGUUCAUCCAAUGAGCGCAAGUCUAAGAGUUAUAUUAUUUUAAAGAAGGACAGGUUAUACGUCAAACACAACGUGCUCAGCGAAGAUAUUCCCAUCGUUAUCCUUCUCAAAGCCAUGGGCAUCCAUACCGACAAGGAAAUGAUGCUCCUGGUUGCUGGCGUCGACAAGGUCUACCAGGAGGACUUCGCUAUUAACUUUGAGGAAGCUAUCAAGGUUGGCGUAUUUACGCAGCAGCAAGCACUUGAUUGGAUUGGUUCUCGGAUCAAGAUCAAUCGAAAGCAGAUGUCUUACCGCCGGACACACGUUCAAGAGGCCGUCGAGGCUAUUGCGUCCGUCAUCAUUUCCCACAUUGAAGUCAAAGACAUGAACUUCCGGCCUAAGGCCAUUUACGUUGCUAACAUGGCCCGCCGUGUGCUCAUGGCGAAGAAUGACGCGGCGCUGGUCGACGACCGUGAUUACCUUGGGAAUAAGAGACUAGAGUUGGCCGGACAGCUAUUAGCCUUGCUCUUUGAAGAUCUCUUCAAGAAGUUCUGCUUUGAUAUUAAAAUGAACAUUGAUAAGGUCCUAAACAAGCGCAAUCGAGUUGAGGCGUUCGAUGCCUGGAGUGUUAUUGGUAUGCACAGCAAUCAUAUCACACAGGGAAUGAACCGAGCAAUUUCGACGGGUAAUUGGAGCCUGAAGCGUUUCCGCAUGGAACGUGCUGGCGUCACCCACGUGCUAAGCCGUUUAAGCUAUAUCGCUGCUCUUGGAAUGAUGACACGUAUUAGCAGUCAGUUUGAGAAGACGAGAAAGGUCAGCGGUCCGCGUGCUCUGCAACCUUCGCAAUUUGGAAUGAUCUGCCUAGCAGACACUCCGGAAGGUGAAGCCUGUGGUCUCGUGAAAAAUCUGGCUCUUAUGACACACAUUACGACCAAUGAUGAAGAAGGUCCAAUCAAAAACCUUAUAUUCAUGCUUGGUGCAGAAGACAUCCAGACCGUAGGUGGAAAGGAGAUCUAUGCACCUGGCAGUUAUACUAUCUCGAUUAACGGUACGCCAAUGGCGCUAACCCGUCGCCCGAAGUACUUCUUGAAUGCGUUCCGGCGACUGCGACGAAUGGGCAGGAUCUCCGAGUUUGUCAGCAUCUACAUUAAUCAUCAUCAGCGUGCUGUGCACGUUGCAACUGAUGAUGGACGUAUCUGCCGGCCACUCAUUAUCGUCGAAGAUGGCAAGUCGCGCGUCAAGAAACAUCAUCUCCGCAAGCUCCGUGAUGGAACGAUGCAGUUCGAUGAUUUCCUAGCCCAAGGCCUAGUUGAAUAUGUGGAUGUCAACGAGGAGAACGAUUCGUUAAUCGCCAUAUACGAGAAGGAUAUAACGGACACGACUACUCAUAUGGAAAUCGAACCUUUCACAAUUCUCGGUGCUGUCGCCGGUCUGAUUCCUUAUCCUCACCACAACCAGUCCCCGCGUAAUACUUACCAAUGUGCUAUGGGUAAACAAGCGAUUGGGGCUAUCGCGUCGAACCAGUUCCUGCGUAUUGAUUCCAUUCUUUACCUGAUGGUUUACCCACAGAAACCCAUGGUUAAGUCGCGCACGAUUGAAUUGACCAAAUACGAUCAGCUACCUGCCGGCCAAAACGCCACUGUUGCCGUCAUGAGUUACUCUGGUUACGAUAUUGAGGAUGCCCUAGUCUUGAACAAGGGCUCAGUUGACCGUGGCUUCGGUCGCUGCCAGGUGUUCCGCAAGUAUGUCACAAACAUGAAAAGUUAUUCCAACGGCACGAAGGACAUCCUGAGCCCUCCCACUUAUGAGAACGAUGCGCCCAUAAGGAAACACGCUCUCUUAGAGAGCGAUGGUCUGGCAGCCGUUGGAGAACAAGUCAAUGCUGGAGAGGUUUACAUCAAUAAGUCUACACCAGAUCAGUCAAUGUCCUCAGGAAUGCCAGGCUCUGAUGCAGGGCGACCGAUCAGCUACAACCCCACUCCGAUGACCUACAAGCUUCCCGAUCCUGCCUACAUUGACAAAGUCAUGAUUUCCGCUACUGAAAACGAGAAUCAAAUCAUCAAAGUACUCACACGCCAAACACGGCGGCCCGAAGUCGGCGACAAGUUCUCUUCGCGUCACGGGCAAAAGGGUGUUACAGGUAUUAUUGUUGACCAAGCCGACAUGCCUUUCACGGACCAGGGUAUCAACCCAGACAUCAUCAUGAACCCCCACGGUUUCCCCUCUCGUAUGACAGUCGGAAAAAUGCUUGAACUUGUUGCAGGUAAAGCCGGUGUUCUUUCCGGCCAGCACGGCUAUGGAACAUGCUUUAGCGGCACCCCUGUCGAACAAAUGACCCAGACCCUCAUUGACAAGGGCUUCAGCUACGGUGGCAAGGACUAUCUUACCUCUGGCAUCACAGGCGAAGCUCUCCCUUUCUACGUCUUCACGGGACCUAUCUACUACCAGAAGCUGAAGCAUAUGGUUCAAGACAAGAUGCAUUCGCGUGCGCGCGGGCCCCGCGCCACACUCACCCGCCAGCCAACAGAAGGUCGUUCUCGGGAUGGAGGUCUGCGUCUCGGAGAGAUGGAGCGUGAUUGUUUAAUCGCUUACGGUACCAGUCAGCUGCUUUUGGAACGGUUGAUGAUAUCGUCUGAUCGCCACGAGGUUGAUGUCUGCGAGCAGUGCGGGUUCAUGGGCUACCUGAACUGGUGCCAGCGCUGCAAGUCAUCCAGGAGUGUUGUGAAGAUGGUCAUUCCUUAUGCGGCUAAGCUCCUUAUUCAGGAGCUGAUGAGUAUGAAUGUCACGGCUAGACUAAAGCUCGAAGACGAGUUCCCCGAGACCAAGGGGCGAUGA